GUUACUGAUACAGACGGCACCGUGCGAGAAUUGACACGUGGCGACGCAUUUGGAGUACGCGCCAGCCUGGGACCCGACGAACCACAAUUUCAUCGGGGUGAAAUGCGUACCGUAACUGAAGAUUGCCAAUUUGCUUGUGUAGCGCAAGCUGAUUAUGCUCACUUAAUGGCCCGUGAAGGCGAGGCUGAGACCGCGGUAAUGGGUGAAGGAGGUAGGGUGGUAAUGGUCUAUGAGGACGAUCAAGAGACCGAGGGACAGGGCUCUGAAUCAAGGGAGUUUGACACACAUUCACUUGUGCCCAAUGGGUCAGAUUUUGUGCAGAAGUCUGAGUUUUGUUUACCUGGUGCUGCAGACAAUCAAGUAUUGGUAGAUCAGGUUGCUGGGGUACGAUCUGAUGAUUUGCGUCGGAUAAAGCCGAUAAGGAAAUCGCGAAAUCGCGUUGUCGUCAAGGUUGGUUUCCUGAUUUUACUUACUAAAUUACUUUCAAUCCACUUAUAA